AUGGAGCGCAAUACACCUUCCAUCGGUAUCGAUGGUUUUGCUGAUUUGGGGUCAAACAUCUCGUUCUACGAAUCUGAAUACUGGCGAGACAAAGCAAAUACACCUCCCCCAAAUGCCUUCAAUGCUCCUCGAUUGAUUGUUCUCUGUACAUGGCUGGGAGGCGCGACUACUUCACGUAUACGGAAGUACACCGCGAGAUAUCAACAGCUCUUCCCAAGUGCAGAUAUCCUCCUCAUUCGCACAACAUUGCUGGACAUCACUUUGCGCUCAUUUACUCAGAUUCGUGCUCGAUUGGCGCCUGCCCGAGACGUUAUUCGCAGGAUUUUCGGCAAGGAGCACUGCGUGAGGUCAAAUGAGUCGGUUCUUUUGCACAUGUUCUCCCACGGUGGAUGCAAUACUGCUCUUCAACUUCUCAUCUCUCUACAACAAGAGCGUACAACCUUGCCGCUUAAGGAUGCCAUCCUUGAUUGCUGUCCAGGAGACGGCACAUUUCAGAGGGCAUAUGAUGCAGCUGUAAUCUCUCUUCCAGCCUUCCCCCCAGUCCAGAUGAUCGGAAGAGCUGCGCUAUAUCCAGCUAUUGGAGCAAUCACUGGCCUACAACAAUUUGGAGUACUAAGUUCUGUGACGGACUUGCGUCACCAGCUUAACGAUUCUACACUGUUAGGGCCAGAAGUCCGACGGCUUUAUCUCUACUCGGCUACCGAUCGCAUGGUAAAUUUUGAGGAUGUUCAAUCACACCAGAAAAUGGCACGGGCAUUACAGUAUCCAGUCGGAAGCGUUUUGUUCCAAAAUGCCCAACAUUGCGCUCUGGUUAUGGAAGAUGACGCGAAGUAUUGGGCAGCCAUCGAGAAGUUCUGGAAUGGUAAGAUGCCAACGGCUAAACUUUAA